ACCUGGCGCUCCGGCUCCCAGGCGGACGCGGUGCGCACUGAGCUCACUGCGGGAGCCGGAGCCCUGGGAACCCGCACCCACUGCGGGAAGGCGACGACGAGGCCAGAGCCUACUCGGGACUCGAGCGGAGCCGCCAUGGCUGAAUUUCCGUCGAAAGUGAGCACGCGGACCAGCAGCCCUGCGCAGGGUGCGGGUGCCUCGGCGUCUUCGCUGCGUCCGGACCUGGGCUUCUUGCGCUCCACCUUUGGGGUGCUCAUGCUGCUUCAGCUGGUGCUGGGGCUGCUGGUGUGGGCCCUGAUUGCUGAUACCCCGUACCACCUGUACCCGGCCUACGGGUGGGUGAUGUUCGUUGCUGUCUUUCUCUGGCUGGUGACAAUCAUCUUCUUCAUCAUCUACCUGUUUCAGCUGCACAUGAAGCUGUACAUGGUGCCCUGGCCAUUGGUGUUCAUGAUCUUCAAUGUCGCUGCCACUGUGCUCUACAUCACUGCCUUCAUCACCUGUGCUGCGGCAGUGAACCAGACAUCCCUGAAGGGCUCCCGGCAGUACAACCAGCACUCGGCUGCCUCUUUCUUUGCCUGUCUGGUGAUGAUCGCCUACGGAGUGAGCACGUUCUUCAGCUUCCAGGCCUGGCGAGGAGUGGGGAGCAACGCUGCCACCAGUCAGGUGGCUGGUGGCUACGCUUAAAGCACCUGUGUCGUGGCCCACCCUGGGGCCGGAGCUGCUGCUGGGUCACAGUACAGGGGCCCGAAAGCCUGAGCCUGAGGCAGAGCCCUGCAUGGAGUCAGCUCAGUGUGGCCACACCUGCUACCCCAGGUUGACGAAGGACACAGGCCUGAAGUGGCUGUGAUGGCUGGCAAGGGCCAACAGUGGCAACCUCUUCCUCAGCCCCCUUUUCCAGAAGAUGACGGGGAAUGUGGGGCUUCAGAGGACUUCAGCAUCCUCGGCUGGGUCCCACCCUUCUCACCAGCAUAAAUACACUAACAAAGACUCAGACCUGCAGCCCUGACUCACCCUAGUAUGAGCCUAACAAGCCACCCAGAUUCAUCUCAGGCUUUGUUCCAGGAGAGCUGAGCAAGCACACAAACUGUCUUUUCUGAUCCUCCCCUCCCCAGCCAACCUGUCACCUGGAGGGAGACAUUUAUAGGGAGACAGGAUUUCAGACAUCCUACUUACUUAACAAAUCGGUUUUAAGCACCUUCUCACUGACGUCAGACUUCUCUGGGUCCCACUCCCUCAGCCAGUUCCUGAUGUGUAAUUUUCCUUUUGGGAAAAGCCAACAUCAGUGUGACUGCUUCUCCCUUACUGCUGAUUAGUCACAUGGGACAUGGAGGGAGGGAGUAGGACUUUGCCUGGUGAGCUGUUGGUUCGUUAUGACUGUUUUUUUUUACAAAAAUAAAAUGGAAGAACUCAUCUGGAAAAGA